ACGGCAUUGUGGUAGGUCUAUAAAUAGUCUUUUCUUUACAUUCCUGAGAAACCCGAAGGUGCGGCGUCACGAACGCGGAGCAACCGGUGAUCUCUCCGGCGUAGUGGAUAUAUUCCGGCGAGAUCCCGACCUUGGAACCUCUCUCUGUUCCGAUCCAAAUUCGGGGUUCUUUUCUGGAUAGAUUCGAAUUAUGGCUCCGGUUUCGGCUCUCGCCAAAUACAAGCUGGUGUUCUUGGGGGAUCAAUCUGUGGGAAAAACCAGCAUCAUCACUCGCUUCAUGUACGAUAAAUUCGACAAUACCUAUCAGGCAACUAUUGGGAUUGAUUUUCUAUCAAAAACAAUGUACCUUGAAGAUCGAACAGUUCGCCUGCAGCUCUGGGAUACUGCUGGACAGGAGAGGUUUAGGAGUCUCAUUCCAAGUUACAUCAGGGAUUCUUCUGUGGCAGUCAUUGUAUAUGAUGUUGCAAGCAGACAGUCCUUCCUCAACACUUCCAAAUGGAUUGAAGAGGUUCGAACUGAGCGAGGAAGUGAUGUUAUAAUUGUGCUCGUCGGUAACAAGACAGACCUUGUGGACAAAAGGCAAGUUUCGAUAGAGGAAGGAGAAGCCAAGGCUCGUGAGCUAAAUGUUAUGUUUAUAGAAACUAGUGCUAAGGCUGGCUUCAAUAUAAAGGCACUCUUUCGCAAGAUAGCCGCAGCCUUGCCCGGAAUGGAAACACUUUCUUCAACGAAGCAAGAAGACAUGGUUGAUGUCAAUCUCAAGUCUUCUAACAACUCGUCUCAGUCACAGCCACAAUCCGGAGGAUGUGCAUGUUGAUGUAAAUCAAUCAAUCAAAGCUCGUUCUGGCAACAAUUCUUGUAUGCUUCUGGAAGUCUCCAUGAAGUCUGUAAAGUUUUUGCCCUGUCCCCUUUUUGUAGUAUUGUCAUUUUAGUUUGGUUGAUUGAGUGGAGAUCGGUGAUAAUCAAGGAAGUGCUUAAAGGCAAUGUAGUAGUUAGGCUUAGUCCUAAGCAGUGUUCUUUAUGCUUCUUUUGGAGUUAAGAAGACAGUUUUUGCAUUGUCCUUAAAAAAGUGAAGGCAGUUGUUGGGUGUAUACUGUUAAACACAUGUUCAGUUUCAGGUCAACUUAUGUAUGAAAUGGCUCCGUCCAGUAAUGCAUAUAUUUGGAUUUCAAUAACACAGACUGGACAGGUCUUAUUGGUGAAAA